AUGGAUUUAUUAUGGUUAUUACCUUUAAUAAUUGGUGCAAUAUUAUGGGCAGGAUGUGAUGUAAUUUCAGAUGGUGUGAUUGGAGAAGAUCAUGAAGAAGGAAUUGAAGAGAAAUCAAAAAAAGAUAUAGAUUUAAAAACCAUUGAAAUUGCAUCAUCGUCAUCAACAAUAUCAACAUUAUCAUCAUCAUCAUCGUCAUCAUCAUCAAGUAAUAAUCAACACCACCAUGGUAGUGAACAAUCAUCAGAUAAAUUAACAGGCGAACAAGAUUCAAUUGUAUCAGCUAUUGUAAUGUUUUUUUUAGUAAUAUUAGUACAUAUGGCAAUGGGUAACGAGCUAUUGUAUGAUUAUUAUGAAAGUUAUUUAGUGAAUGGUGGAUUCACAGCAGAGAAUAGUUUAGAGCGUAUUAAACCAUCCACAAUUACAUUGGCAGCAUUAAUUGGAGGUGCAUUUCAAUGUGGCUCAUUAAUUUAUCUAUUGAAGGCAUUUGAAACAUCAUCUUCAACCAUCAUCGUACCAAUGAUGCAAUUAAAUUCAAUCAUAAUUCUACCAUUAAGCAUCAUCCUAUCAAUACUUUCCUACUAUUUCCCAAUUUUGGUGACCUUUCAUAAAAUCAUCACACCAACCCAUCUAUUUGCAUUUGUUUUAAUCUUUGUGGGAAGUUUCUAUCCAUCAUUGGAGGGUGAUUUCAGCCAAUUAUCAAAGAUGUCAUUUUGGAGACAAAAGGCGGUCAAAUACGUUUUAAUCUCUGAUUUCCUAAUUGCAAUCUACUAUUUGAUCGUAUCGUUUUGUACAAAUGAAACUGGUGCUAUGAGCUCAAAAUCUUUCUUGGUAAUAUCAACCUAUGGUAGUUGUAUGACCUUUGCGUUGUUAAUUGCCUUUGUCAAAACUUUUAGAAGGUCUGCCUUAACAUUGGUCAAUGUCAAAAGAAAAUAUGUUUAUCUAUCCUCAGCUGGUGAAAUUUUAUCAUUAUCUGGUUACUUUUUUGUUUCAAUAUCUUAUCAUCUCUAUUAUAAUAGUGGCAUUGUUUCUGCCGCUGAAGGUGCCCUCAAUCAAUUCUUUAAUCUCAUAGUUGCCAUUCUCUUAAAGAAAUUUAUAAACUUUGGUAGAGAUGUUAAAAGAGUUAAAGAAAAGGUUUUCUCUUGUUUAAUUGUUACUGUUGGUUUACUUUUAACAACUUAA